AUGGAAAAGUCAAUCAAGGAUGGUGUGCCAAAAAUAUCUACCACCAGUAUGCUCGAUAAACCAACUCCCGGUCCUACUCCACAACAAACUCCACAACAAACUCCAGUAAAUACCCGUCCACCAACUCCUAAAAACAAGCCUGAUUUGAAGACUAAGCAGAGUCAACAGAGUCAGAGCUCCGGGGAAUACAGCGCUGAUGAAGACUGGCUGGGUGAUCAUGCUGCCCAACAGCACGAAGCUCGUAUGCGUCGUCCUAGCGUAACUCGUGCUUGGGUUCCACAAAGCACGGGUGGUCCUUCCAUUCACCAGGAUCGCCGUGACGUUGCUCCUUUUGGCGAAGUCAUAGAUUUGGAGGAAGUUCCUCGUGGUAUCACCCGCCAGGCUCGUCAAUUAGAUGAUUAUUCAUUCCCUUGUCAUCGUUUCCGCGAAAAUUUAAUCAAUGAAAGCAAGAUCCCUCUCGUUUUGGUUGCAUGUGGUUCGUAUUCUCCCAUCACCUAUCUCCAUUUACGUAUGUUUGAAAUGGCAACGGAUACCAUUCAUGAACAAACAAAUAUGGAAUUAAUUGCUGGUUAUUUCUCUCCUGUCAAUGAUGAUUACAAAAAGGAAGGCUUGGCACCUUCUUAUCAUCGAGUCCGUAUGUGCGAAUUGGCUUGCGAGCGUACUUCCAGCUGGUUGAUGGUCGAUGCAUGGGAAAGCCUUCAGAAAAAGUAUACUCGAACUGCAGAAGUAUUGGACCAUUUUGACGAAGAAAUCAACAAGAAGCGAGGAGGUAUUCGUUUGUCCGAUGGAACCCGCCGUCCUUGUAAGAUUAUGCUUUUGGCUGGUGGUGAUUUGAUUGCUAGUAUGGGAGAGCCCGGUGUUUGGUCGGAAUCAGAUUUGCAUCACAUACUUGGAAACUUUGGUUGUGUUAUUGUUGAACGAACCGGCAGUGAUGUUUGGGCCUUUUUACUUGCUCAUGAUCUUUUGUUUGCUUACCGUGGAAACGUAUUGGUUAUCAAACAGUUAAUUUAUAAUGAUAUAUCUUCCACGAAGGUUCGAUUAUUUAUUCGGAGAGGAAUGUCUAUCCGUUACCUUCUUCCAAACUCUGUUAUCCAGUACAUUGAAAGGCAUUCUCUUUACCGCGAUGCUGAGCCCGUAAAGGCUAUAUUUUACCAAUCCCCGUUUGUUCGGAUAGAAACUUAA